AUGAAUCCUGGCGCGGCUCCGGGGGCGCCGGGCCGUUCCGGGGUCCCACCGGCGCCGCCCCGCAGGCAGGCGCGGCUGAAGGGGCCGUUCCGCGAGUCCUACCUGUGCCCCGCGCAGUCGGUGAAGCCGCGCAUCGACGCGCGGGAGCAGCUCCCGCGGGACAAGCUCAACCCGCCCACGCCCAGCAUCUACCUGGAGAGCAAACGCGACGCCUUCUCGCCGGUGCUGCUGCAGUUCUGCACCGACCCCAAGAACCCCAUCACCGUCAUCCGGGGGCUGGCGGGGUCCCUGCGCCUCAACCUGGGGCUGUUCAGCACCAAGACCCUGGUGGAGGCCAGCGGCGAGCACGCGGUCGAGGUGCGCACGCAGGUGCAGCAGCCCUCGGACCAGAACUGGGACCUGUCGGGCACGCGGCAGGUGUGGCCCUGCGAGAGCAGCCGCUCGCACACCACCAUCGCCAAGUACGCCCAGUACCAGGCCAGCUCCUUCCAGGAGUCCCUGCAGGAGGACAAGGACAGCGAGGACGAGGAGGCCGAGGAGCCCGACAGCACCACCGAGACCCCGCCCAGCCCCCCCGACCAGAAAUCCCACCAGAUCAUCAAGUUCGGGACCAACAUCGACCUCUCGGACGCCAAGAGGUGGAAGCCGCAGCUGCAGGAGCUGCUGAAGCUGCCGGCCUUCAUGCGUGUCUCCUCCACGGGGAACAUGCUGAGCCACGUGGGCCACACCAUCCUGGGCAUGAACACCGUGCAGCUCUACAUGAAAGUGCCCGGCAGCCGCACGCCGGGCCACCAGGAGAACAACAACUUCUGCUCGGUGAACAUCAACAUCGGCCCCGGCGACUGCGAGUGGUUCGCCGUGCACGAGCACUACUGGGAGACCAUCUCCGCCUUCUGCGACAGAAAGAGGGUGUGGCCAAAGGGGCGGGGCUACUGCGGGCGCAUUACCAUCAACGCUGUGACGGCGUACCAGUACCAGCUGGCCCUGGAGCGCUAUGAGUGGAACGAGGUGAAGAACGUCAAGUCCAUCGUGCCCAUGAUCCACGUCUCCUGGAACGUGGCCAGGACCGUCAAGAUCAGCGACCCCGACCUCUACAAGAUGAUCAAGUACUGCCUGCUGCAGUCCAUCAAGCACUGCCAGGUGCAGCGCGAGAGCCUGGUGCGCGCCGGGAAGAAGAUCGCCUACCAGGGCCGCGUCAAGGACGAGCCGGCCUACUACUGCAACGAGUGCGACGUGGAGGUGUUCAACAUCCUGUUCGUGACGAGCGAGACGGGCGGGCGCAACACGUACCUGGUGCACUGCGAGGGCUGCGCGCGGCGCCGCGGCGCCGGCCUGGCCGGGGUCGUCGUGCUCGAGCAGUACAAGACCGAGGAGCUGAUGCAGAUCUACGACGGCUUCACCCUGGUGACGCCGCCGACCCCCAGAAGCUAUUUUGUACCUGAGAUUAAAUUAAUGGCAAAGUGA